AGAGAAGAAACAUGUAGAAGCUAUUUUGGACCAUUCUGUGCAAGUUGCAGGUGCUGCCAUUCGCGGUGUGAUUUGGAGGUUUUUGUGGAUUUCUUAGGCCUGUCUGCGUCUUUGAUUUGGCUUCUCAUUCGCUUCGGAUCCCCUGAUCAGAUCGAAUAUCCGGUCGAUUUCACGGAGGUUAUUUUUCCCCCAAUUUCUGCUGAUUUCAUAAUGGUUGGCCCGAUGAACGACGGCGGAACGGAGGGGGAUUUCAUAAGGAGGUACCAUAAGCACGAUGUUAGGGAAAAUCAGUGCAGUUCGUCGUUGGUGAAGCACAUCAAAGCUCCGCUGCCUCUCGUAUGGUCGUUGGUUAGGAGAUUCGAUCAGCCGCAGAGGUACAAGCCUUUUGUGAGUAGAUGUAUAGUUGAAGGAGACUUGCGGAUUGGAACUGUUCGCGAGGUGAACGUUAAAUCUGGCCUUCCGGCGACGACGAGCAAGGAGCGGCUGGAGCUGUUGGACGACGAGGAGCACAUUUUCAGCAUGCGGAUUGUCGGCGGCGAUCACCGCCUCAAGGACUACUCUUCCAUCAUCACAGUUCAUCCUGAGAUCAUAGAUGGAAGACCAGGGACAAUGGUGAUCGAAUCAUUCGUGGUGGAUGUGCCCGACGGCAACACCACAGACGAGACGUGCUACUUCGUGGAGGCCUUGAUCAAGUGCAAUCUCAAGUCCCUAGCCGAUGUUUCGGAGCGCCUCGCCGUGCAGGGCCGAACAGAGCCAAUCGACAGGAUCUGAUCAAAGAGUAUGUAUCCAUCCAAUUCCAUUUAUCACACUCAUCUUUGCAGAAAGAACAUCCCAUGAUGAUUCUCGAGAGGUUGCCAUUUUUCACAUCUCUGGAUUUUUUGUUGCCUUAAAUUAGUUGAAUUGCAUUUCUUCCCAUCAUCACACCAUUUCUAGUUUCAGUCUAAACUAUAUAUAUAUAUAUAUAUAUAUAUGAACUGCUGAGAUGGUGUUUGAGAUUGGAAUUUGGAUUGUAAAUAUCUCUAGUUUAGGACAUAAAACCUUUCCUCUCUUCUGUUUGUUGCAUUCCGUACUGUCAUCGAAGUCGCAUUUUCAAUUCCAAUAAUUACAAAGCACGCUUCUUUCUGCUU